AUGGACAAUGUCAAAUCAGUGAUGUCGGGACUUGCAUUUCCACCCAUUGGUACACCGCAAGUUUGGUUAAAGACGGUGCUCGACAGAGUCAUUGAGGGCAGCAAAGUUAUUAUUUCUAAAGAGCUGCGGAUGCUGAAACAUACACUUCGACCAGUUCGCUCAGCAAUCCUGAUACAAUCGGUAUGCACCAGCUAUAAAACGGUUCCAUGGAACAGCGUAAUGAAUGAGUACGCAGUCAUCGACAUCCGCGGCAGCAAUUUGGAAAGAGCUCAAAAGCGCUCCAUGACUGUUGAUGAGCCCUUCGGGGCUGAUUAUCAGCGGGCUGUAAACGGCAUUGCCACUAGUCGUGGCUCUUCAUAA